ACCGGGUUGUUGUAGUUUUUCUCUGCAAGCGUUUAUACAUUUUAUAAAUAUUUCCAUAUAAUUAUAUAAUCACUCAUUGGCUAUGGACAACGAAAAAGCAGAAAUGGAUUUGCCGCGUGUGUUAAUUGUGAGUUCGAAAAUGGACAACGCCAAGGAAAUAGCAAACAGUAUGAAAGCUAAAUACUUAUUGAGACAGGGCGAUGUUGAACAGUAUUUACUGGAUAUUGAUAAUAAGUAUUACACUGCCCAGAUAUUGCUGUGUACAACUGAAAAUUUGUCAAUUGAUGCUUCAGACUUUGAAGCUCUGUUACUUCACCAUGAUUUUGAAACGGAAGACACAUUAAAAAUGGUGGAAGAACAAAUAACAGCAAUUGUCACUCAAUCAACUGCAGAAGUACUAUUGCUACUUAGUAAUUCUAUCCCCAAUGUCAGUAUCAGAGAGAAAGUGAUAGGAUGGUGUGCAGCAAAAAAAUUUGAACUUAUUGAGUUAGAUCCUACGGAUAAGGAAAUUAUGGAUCUGGAAGAAGAUCAGAGCAACUACGGCAUUGCAAGAAUAAUUGAAGUUUUGGAAACGCAUGCAUGGCCAAACAUGAAUCUUAAAGUUGAUAGAAAAAAUACUGAGGUGCCUCAAUCUGAGAUAAACAAAGUUGAAGAUCAGCUGGAAAAUGUCCAACUAAAUACCUCCAAAGAUUUUUCAGAAUGCUUACAAAUGGAAAGCAUUCUUGAUGGAAUCAUGAAUAACGAAGAUGCAGAUUUUGGUGAAUUAUUUAGUCAUUUGAAAGCAAUGAAAGAGCAAACUGCUCAAAUGCCUUCGAAUCAAAGAAAAGUUGCUGCUGAACAAUUAGUGACAGCGUUUUGGAAAGCAAUAGGAGGAGAUCCCUCAGAAAUUGAUGAUGAGAACAUAGAAUAAGUCUUGUAAAUAGUGAGAAAGAUCUUAGGUAUUUGUAAUAUGACAACACAAAGCGUUUUGUUCGCCAUUCAUUUGGUCUGCAAGUAACAUCAUGAUUU